CUGAGAAUUAUUAUAACUCAUUCAUUUUUCGUUUCAUAGAUGUAUCGUCUACCAAACACUGUUCGUUCUUUGGCCCUUCGCAAAGCUCAACAGUACAACCAGAUUCAAAGAUGGUAUGCUAAGGAUGUCCGUUUUGGCUCAGAAGUAAGGGCUUUGAUGCUCCAAGGAGUCGAUGUCCUUGCAGAUGCCGUAGCAGUUACUAUGGGUCCAAAGGGCCGUAACGUUAUUAUUGAACAAUCUUGGGGCUCCCCAAAAAUCACCAAGGAUGGUGUAACUGUAGCUAAAGGUGUAGAACUUAAGGAUAAAUUUCAAAAUAUUGGAGCUAGAUUGGUGCAAGAUGUCGCCAAUAAUACCAAUGAAGAAGCUGGAGAUGGUACCACCACGGCAACAGUUCUAGCACGAUUCAUUGCCAAAGAAGGAUUUGACAACUUGGGUAAAGGAGCUAAUCCAGUGGAAAUUCGUAAAGGUAUCAUCACAGCUGUUGAAAGAAUCACAGAAACUUUAAAAACUUUGUCAAAACCUGUCACCACACCUGAAGAAAUUUGCCAGGUCGCCACGAUUUCUGCCAACGGCGACAAAUCUGUCGGAAAUUUGAUUGCUGACGCUAUGAAAAGAGUAGGUAAAGACGGCGUUAUCACUGUCAAAGAUGGAAAAACUUUACAUGAUGAACUGGAAGUCAUUGAGGGUAUGAAAUUCGACAGGGGUUACAUUUCCCCAUAUUUUGUUAACACCACAAAAGGCGCCAAAGUUGAGUAUCAAGAUGCUCUGCUUUUGCUCAGUGAAAAGAAAAUAUCUUCUGUACAGAGUAUUGUACCUGCACUUGAAUUGGCAAAUGCACAAAGAAAACCACUAAUCAUUAUUGCUGAAGACGUUGAUGGUGAAGCUUUGACCACUCUUGUUGUCAACAGACUUAGAAUUGGCCUUCAAAUUGCUGCAAUAAAAGCCCCAAGCUUUGGUGAUAACAGGAAAGCUACCCUUCACGAUAUCGCCGUUGCCACCGGAGGUAUUGUCUUUGGCGAUGACGCCAAUAUCGUCAAAUUGGAAGAUGUCAAACUAUCAGAUCUAGGUCAAACUGGCGAAAUACUUAUAACCAAAGAUGAUACUCUUCUUCUUAAAGGUAAAGGUAAAAAAGAAGACAUUGACAGAAGAGUGGACCAAAUCAAGGAUCAAAUCGAAAACACCACGUCCGAAUAUGAAAAGGAAAAACUUCAGGAGCGUCUAGCGAGGCUCGCUUCCGGAGUAGCAUUACUCAAAGUUGGCGGAAGUAGUGAGGUGGAAGUCAAUGAAAAGAAGGACAGAGUUACUGAUGCUCUUAACGCCACCAGGGCAGCUAUCGAAGAAGGUAUCGUACCCGGCGGUGGUACCGCUUUGUUGAGAUGCAGCAGCAGUUUGGAUUCCAUCAAACCUGAUAAUAAUGAUCAGGCAGUUGGAAUCCAAAUUGUUAAGAGGGCUUUGAAAGUGCCAUGCAUGACGAUCGCUAGCAACGCAGGUGUAGAUGGAGCCUCUGUAGUGGCUAAAGUAGAGCAAAAUGACGGCGACUAUGGUUAUGAUGCUCUAAACAAUGAAUAUGUUCAUAUGUUUGAGAGGGGUAUCAUAGAUCCAACAAAAGUUGUUAGAACCGCUCUAGUAGAUGCAUCUGGUGUAGCUUCUCUCCUCACAACAGCUGAAGCAGUCAUUACGGAAAUACCAAAGGAAGAACCAGCAGCACCGGGCGGAAUGGGUGGUAUGGGCGGCAUGGGGGGAAUGGGUGGUAUGAUGUAAAACGUCGUCUAGCUCCUUAAAGUACCAAAUAGACUUAAAUUUUUCAAAUCCAGUGAAGUCAUGAGGGACGAAAACUGAAUGGUAUCUGUCAAAAAGUUCCAUUUUCGUGUUUGACAGUGCCUACUAAUUUUUUAUACGUUUUUUUUUUUUUAUAUAAUCUCGCUAAAUAAAUACCAUUCGUGUGGAUUUUCUUUAUAUAUAACACGAAUCAAAAAUUUGUGUGAAUGAGGCGGUCAAGGGAAGUUUUUCAGUCGGUAAAAGUGUCACUGUAUGCCAUCAUCUGCCGUGCAGCUACUGAAACAUCAAUUUCGAUCGCCGAACUGAUCUGCAUUUAAAUCUGAUAGAUUGAUUGAAAAAUAGUUUAGUAAAUAUCUGAAUGUUUAUAUUGUUAUAAAUAUAUUGUUACUCUUUUU